AUGGGUUUAGUUGCCCGUAAGGCGUGUGUGUUUAUCUUCGUUUUCGCUCUUGUCGCGGAAUUUGCUUUCGCAAAUGUCGAGGUUAACGAGGACAAACACUUCUUUCACAAACCUCGUCCAUUCUUCCACAAGCAUGGCAUUUAUAAGCAUGGCAUUUAUAAGAAGGGUUUUAGAAAGGGUCUAGGCGGUGGAGGCGGUGGUGGUGGUUUAGGCGGAGGAGGCGGUGGUGGUGCUGGAGGAGGACUUGGAGGCGGUGGUGGUGGUUUAGGCGGAGGAGGCGGCUUGGGAGGAGGAUAUGGUGGUGGUGCUGGAGGAGGACUUGGAGGCGGUGGUGGAGUUGGAGGAGGAGGAGGAGGAGGCGGCUUGGGAGGAGGAUAUGGUGGUGGUGCUGGAGGAGGACUUGGAGGCGGUGGUGGAGUUGGAGGAGGAGGAGGAGGAGGGUUUGGUGGUGGAGGAGGAUUUGGCGGUGGUGGUGGAUUUGGUAAAGGCAUUGGAGGUGGAGGAGGAUUUGGAGGUGGUUAUGGUGGUGGUGGACAUCAUUGA